AGUAGGUAGUUAGUAUUUAAAGAAGAAUGAUGAUAAAUAAUUACGGAAUAAUUAAUAUGUAUAGUGAAGAAUAUUAUAUCAAACGUGAACAAUACUUUAUAUUUCCUAGAUAAAUAUUAUAUUAAACGUGAACAAUGCUUUAUAUUUCUAAACCCUUCGCAUUAUAAAAAGGACUUAAACGGGGCUGCAAGAUCACACUAUUUACGUUAGAAGAGCGUGUAUAAAGUUCACUUCAUCAAAGCGGUCGUACAAGAAUGAUAUAAAACAACUGGAAACAAUAUGGAGAUUCCAGAGCACUUCACAGAAUUGUCUAUACGUUUUUCGGAAGUACUUGAUGACAGUGGAGCCGGAAAGGAGACUGUAUUGGAGAGGAGAAGAAUAUUCCUCUGGAGGGAGAGUAUGGAGACGAUAGCAGCGAAACUAUGGGGAGACAAAGCGGAAUGUUUUCAUUUUGGGAGCCAAACGGAAGGUACCACCACUCCCGGUCUCCAGUCUGAUAUUGAUAUUCUAUGCAGUAACCAUUGUGUAAAUAUCAUGACAUUCCUUGGCGACUGGAAGGCAAGGAAGAAUAUGAACUUUCUGAUGCUCUAUGACGAAACCAUGCCUCCUCAACAGUACUUGCUACAAGUCAUCCAAUUUAAUACCCCGUCACCGGAGACCAGUCGAUGGUUUUACAAUUUCGUAAGAAAAGAAUCCGGGCAAGUACUCUAUAGCGCUGAACGAUGUAAACAAGAUCAACAGCAUCUGAUAUGGACUCGAGGAUCAGGUAUGACAACCGAACAUGGCCCUUCUGUGAGCUGGGUGCCUAAUUGGGAUAUAGUACAGGCAUUUCACGUACUCAAACAACUUCCUGAAAUACAACACUGGAUUAACAGAUGUAGAGGAAAACCAUGGCCGCCUGUUCAGGUACUUGAGGCUGCACGGGUAGCGCCAUGCUUCCUUUUACCAGCCUGUCAUCCUGACAGUGUUUACAAACGCGAAGAAUGGCGACUGUCUUCGAACCUGAUAGAAAGAAUGUUGAUGUUUAGCUUAAAUAUGACUCAAAUAAAAUGUUACAUUGCUUUAAAACUAAUUAGAAAAUCAUUAUUUGCUAACAUUGUGGGAGAUUAUAUAACAAGCUUUCAUUGUAAAACGAUAAUAUUUUACACCAUAGAAAGAACGCGCCCUUCCCUGUGGGUCGAACAUAACCUUAUGUUUCUACUUUGGCUUUGUUUAAACGUAUUAAGGCAAUGUCUGCGAUGUGGAAGGCUCCCGCAUUAUAUCAUAGAAGGAGUGAACUUGUUCGAUGGGAAACUAUCUAAAGUGAAGCAGAGACGCCUUUACGUGUUUGUAGACUCAAUGAUAAAGAAAAACUUACAUUAUGUAUUUUAUAUUGGUAUUGAUGACAUAGGAUGUCGUUUACAAGAUUGUAGUAUGCGACGAGUUGUACAAGUUAAGGAACUACAGCGUUUUACUUUAUGUAACCGCAUCAGAUUAGUGCUAAAGUACGAGAGCUUGAAAGACUUUUUUAGUCGGUUACUGGGUAUAAUACGUCAACUCAGUUCUAAUACAACCUUCGAGGUAGAUAUACAACAUGUAUUACGCAUAGCUUUGGAAAGCUACAUAAAUAACAGAUUGAAAACAAAAAUUACUACUGCCUUAAAAUUCAUUAAACAUAUUCAUGCGUUUUAUAAUUCUACCAAAUCAUCUGAUUGUUUGCGACUACAAAAUGUUGUUAACACUGAAAUUAUAAGUCGUUUCCAAUACUCCUUAAAUACGGAUGUAGCUUCUAGUCGCUUAAAGAUGGCGUCUAUAUUGUACUGUAGUGGACACAUUCACGCUGCUGUUAAAGUGUUGGAGGAUGUGGAUAACUGGUAUCACAUCAUGGUAAAGGCUGUGUGCGGAUGUAGAUAUAAAGACAAAAACCAUAAUCUCCACCAGUAUGCAAAUAUGCUAUCCGGAAACAGUGACAAAGUAUUCCUUGAAUCGCCAUUCGCAUUCUGUGUCACUUUUUGUAGGCGAGAAUUGUACUGCACUCCUUGCAUAUUGUUGUUUGAGAUGAAUCGCAAUAUCACUGACGAGGAAGUUGCACUGCGAGGUUAUGUCGAAAAAGGAUGGAUGGUCACUGCUGAGGUGGAUGCUCGUUCCUUUCUCCACUAUCUACAGUACCUAACGUAUAGAGCACUCGGUGACCAUGACAAUACGGAAAAUGCAUUGGGACGCUUGGGCUCUUGUAUAUAUGAUGAAAAAAAUAAAAUCAACCUGUAUCACCCAGAGACUACUUUGAACUUGCUAGGGCACUGCUACGAAAUGGAAGGAGACUAUGAACUGGCGUUAGAAUUAUACGAGAAAUCGUUGCAAACAUAUGGUAAAAACAAUGCCGCUAACUGGCACGUUAGGCGUGUAAGGCGUCUUGUAAGUGGUUAAAAAUACGAAAUAAUUAAUUAUAUUUUUUAACAAGUAAACAAUCAACUACACAUGCCUUUAAAAAAUAAAAGGCUUUGUGAUCAAUAAGUAUGCUAUGUAUCGUGUUUUCAAAAUAUAAGGAAACGCACGUUAUACGUAUAUUCCGAAAUAGUAACAUGGUUGUUAUGUUUUUCGUGUAGUUUUAUGAUUUUCUCAUAGGGCAGGAACAAUGUUGUACGUUUUGUGAUGUUGUUUUGUAUAUUGAUUAAUGUCCGUCCUAUGCUAUUAAUGUUUGUUGUGAAUGAAUGCAUCGAAUGUUAUUACGUAUCAAAAGUUAUAAGCAGCCAAUACACUUAUGAAUACAACUUCAAAAUGUAUAUCAAUUUGACAAUCAUAUGUCUGUCCAGCAACAGUUCAUAUACCAUAGUGCGAAAUGAUUUUAUAUAAACAUUGA